GUGACGCCGAGUCUUCAAAGCUACAGAUCCCAAGUGCUGAGUAGAGCUUUACUAGAAUCCUUCAUCAAGUCAAUUGGGGUGCAUCUCUUCAAAUUCUUGGUCUGGAUAUCGCAUUGUUUGCAUACAGUCUCCCCUCAGCUGAAUAUCCGCAGUCAUGGCGCCUUUCCCUCCCCCACCAGUGAACACCAUCGACUGGUCCAAUGUCGGGUUUCGUGUGCGUGAGGUCAACGGCCAUAUCGAAUCCCACUACUCCGUCAAGACCGGGAAAUGGACUGCCCCUCAGUUCGUCACGGAUCCUUUCAUCCGCAUCCAUGGCAUGGCUCCGGCCCUCAACUACGGACAGCAGGCCUAUGAGGGUCUCAAGGCCUUCCGCACACCCUCCGGCGACAUCCAGAUCUUCCGCCCCGACCGCAAUGCUCUGCGCAUGCAGCACUCGGCCGAAUACAUCAGCUGCCCCCCGGUGCCCACUGAGCUCUUCAUUGACUCUGUCAAAGCCGCCGUCGCCCUCAACGCCGAGUAUGUUCCUCCUCACGAGACCGGCGCCGCCAUGUACAUCCGUCCUCAGAUCUUUGGCUCCAGCGCUCAGCUAGGCCUCAGCCCGCCCGAGGAGUACAUGUUCUGUGUCUACGUCCUGCCCACCGGUGUCUACCAUGGCACCCACCCUGUCAACGGUCUGAUCCUGGACGAGUUCGAUCGCGCCGCUCCGAACGGCACCGGAAGCGCCAAGGUCGGCGGCAACUAUGCGCCAGUGUUGCGCUGGAGUGAUCGCGCCAGGAACGAUGGUUUCGGUAUUACGCUUCACCUGGACAGCGCCACACAUUCUGAGGUCGAUGAGUUCAGCACGAGUGGUUUCAUUGGUGCUCUGACCGACGGUGAGAAUGUUACACUUGUCGUGCCCGACUCCAAAAACGUCAUUAAAAGUGUGACGGCCGACAGCAUCACUUCAAUUGGUGAGAGCUUCGGCUGGAAGGUGGAAAAACGAUCAAUCAAAUACACUGAGCUUCCUCAGUUCUCAGAAGUCAUGGCUGCCGGAACCGCUGCGGCUUUGGUGCCUAUUCGGUCCAUUUCCCGCCGUUUUGACCCUUCCCUACCCGAAUCUAUCAGUUCGGCGGUCAAGCAGCACCCGCGCUUAUCCACGGAGGGUAAGUUGGAGAAGGUCACCUACAUUCAAGAUAGCCAAGAAGAAGCCGGUGAUAUCUGCUUGAAGCUGCUUGGCCAGCUUAAGGGCAUCCAGCUCGGAAAGGUGGAAGAUGAGUUCAACUGGUGUGCUCCUAUCAGUGAGGCAGAUGGCCAGAAGGCUGAGGGCGCCUCAAAAUCAACCCAGGGAAACGGACAGACUGUGGACCAGAUGGAUUAAUGGGUCACCAUGCCAGAAACACCGCGUUCUAAGCCCUGGGACUGAUGAAAACCUUCAACUCAUUGUUGCGGCCAAUCAUAAGGCGAAUAACCGGCCCGAAAAGGUCAGAACACAACCGUGUUUGGUUCCAUCAGCGCUUCCCAAUCACAGGCUCGAAUCAAUUUCAGAAGCCAUUGGAAAUUACACAUGUUCACACACCUCU